AUGAGCAAGGGAAUGUUGUCGGAAGAUGUGGAGAUGCUGGAAGACGAGCAGAUGCUGGAAGCCCUGGAGAUGCUGGAAGACUCGGAGGUGUAGGAAGACGUGAGUUUUCUGAAAGGCAUGGCUUAGUUGGAAGAUGUAGAUUUUCUGGAAGACGUGCCUUUGUUGGAAGACAUGGCUUUGUUGGAAGAUGUGGAUGUUCUGGAAGACGAGGAUUUUGUGGAAGAUGUGGCUUUGUUGGAAGACAUAAAUCUGAUGGAAGACAGCUUUUGGGAAGACAAAGAUUUGCUGGAAGAGAAGGAUUUACUGGAAGACAUGGUUUCUCUGGAAGUUGCGGAUUUGCCGGAAGUCAUGGAUUUGAUUGAAGACAUGGAUAGUCUGGAAGACCUGGAAGUGACUGGAAGGCAUGGAUUUCCUGGAAGACAUGGUUUUCUGGAAGACGUGGAUUUUCAGAGACCCGAAUUGUCCGGAAGACCUUGCCAGUUCGGAAGAUGUUGAUUUGCUGGAAGACUUGGAGGUUACUGGAAGACGCAGAUCUCAAGGAAGACAUAUUUGUGGAAGACAGAGAUUAAGUGGAAGACCUGGAUUUGGUGGAAGACAUGGAUUGGUUGGAAGAUAGAUUUUUCCGGAAGAUGUGGAUUAGCUGGAAGAUCUUGAAAGCAUUGGAAGACGGAUUUUUCUGGAAGACGUAGAUUUUCCCGGAAGAUAUGGAAGACGUUGAUUUUUGCGGAAGACCUGUAAUUGCUGGAACACUGGAUUUACUGGAAGACGUGGCUUGCCUGGAAGGCGUGGCUUGUCUGGAAGGCAUGGAUUUUCUGGAAGACUGGGGUUAUCUGGAAGACCUCGAUGUUGUUGGAAGACUUGGAGUUGCUGGAAGACCUUGACACUGGCGCCGUUGGAAACCCUGGACAUUGGAGACAUUGGAAGCACAGGAUGUUGGAGACAUUGGAAGCCUUCAAUGUUGGAGUUCAUGGGUAUUGGAAGCCCUGA